AUGCUCAAUGAGGAAAUCUCAAAUGCUACACCGCGAACAAACGGAAGUUUCGCGCUCGACCACAUCGAUCAAAGUCUGUUGAACGAACCGAAUCCAGUUUUCGGGACCAUCCAGAAUGGCGAAACAGAUAUGGAUGCUAUCCAAAAGGCGAUGUCGGACCUCAAGACUCGACUUCAUAACCACGAAGAUAAAGUCAAUGUUCUUGCACACCUCUGCGAGGGAUGGAAAGGUGAGUUGGAGAGAUACUACCCACUCAUGAAGGGUAAACCCCAACCACGGAACGGUCUCGACAGUCUUACACCGCCACGACCUGGAACAUCCACGACCAAACGUCCUGCCGCUAAAGAAAAGAUUCCGUCCAAAUCACAGAAGCAGUUGUCAACUCCCAAAAUUAGGUAUACACACGGCCGAACCGACUUCGUGGAGCCAGGAUUGGCUACGAGUCCGUGGUCACCUUCCAAACUCAGGUACACAGAAGGGAAUUUCACAUUCUCACGCGAUUCGAAGCAAGAUGAACCGCCAAGUACACAGCAAGACAAGCCCACGGACAAGGAAGAUAGUAAGCGACCUCAUGAUCACCCUAGCAAAUUUGGCGAACGUGGAGAUGACAAGGACGACGGGUUCUCCAUAUUCGCCAUCCAAGCAGUCAGAUACAUCUUCAAAAAAAAAAUACUCUGA